CUCAGAAGGGACACAAAGAGAAAAGACGGCCCAGCAAAACUGCAGCCAUGCCAUUGUCCCUCCGGCAGGUGCUCCUCGCCCUGCUGCUCCUGAUGGUCCUGGGGCCAAGCGAAGCCAGGAAGAAGCAAGACCCCAAAGCACCCAAUAACACCAAGCCAGCUCUGCUGCAACUGUCUGACUAUCUCCUGACGCACUACAAGAAGAGCGUCCGACCUGUUCGAGACUGGAGGAAGCCAACCACUGUGUCCAUUGAUGUCAUGAUCUAUGCCAUCCUCAAUGUGGAUGAAAAGAACCAAGUGUUGACUACUUACAUCUGGUACAGGCAGUACUGGAUUGACGAGUUUCUCAAAUGGAAUCCUGAAGAUUUUGACAACAUCACCCAGCUGUCAAUCCCCACUGACUACAUAUGGGUCCCAGACAUCCUUAUCAAUGAAUUUGUGGAUGUAGGAAAGUCCCCAAACAUCCCAUAUGUGUACGUUCGGCACCAGGGUGAGGUCCAAAACUACAAGCCCAUCCAAGUGGUGUCCGCAUGCAGCCUGGACAUUUACAACUUUCCCUUCGAUGUGCAAAACUGCUCACUGACUUUCACUAGUUGGCUUCACACAAUCCGGGACAUCAAUAUUUCCCUGUGGCGGUUACCAGAAAAGGUGAAGCUUGAUAAAAGUGUCUUCAUGAACCAAGGAGAGUGGGAGCUUCUAUAUGUGCUGACUCAGUCGGAAUUUAGUGUUGAAAGCAGUGACAGCUAUGCAGAGAUGAAAUUCUAUGUGGUCAUCCGUCGGCGGCCACUUUUCUACACUGUCAGCCUGCUAUUGCCCAGCAUUUUCCUUAUGGUCAUGGACAUCGUAGGUUUCUACCUGCCCCCAGACAGUGGUGAAAGAGUCUCUUUUAAGAUUACUCUUCUCCUGGGCUACUCAGUCUUCCUCAUCAUCGUGUCUGAUACACUUCCAGCAACGGCUAUUGGCACCCCACUCAUUGGUGUCUAUUUUGUGGUGUGCAUGGCCCUGCUGGUGAUCAGUCUGACUGAGACCAUCCUCAUUGUACGGUUGGUGCACAGGCAAGAACUCCAGUCUCCAGUGCCUGCCUGGCUUCGGCAUUUGGUGCUUGAUCGAGCUGCAGUUCUUCUUUGCCUCCAGGAUCAGUCAUAUCAUAAUCCCUCAACCCUCCAAAGACCUACAAUUCCCUCCCAUCCCACUGAGAAUGACUCAUGCUCAGCAACAAUGAACCACUGCAGCAGGAUGGGAGGGCUUCAGGACUUGAAACAGACUAUGCCAGAGGGAGGGAACCCUUCCCCACCAUCCCAGGAGAACUCCUUGGUAGUACAUGGGCUACUUCAGGAAUUAGCAACCAUCCGGCACUUCCUGGAGAAACAAGAUGAAUGCCGAGAUAUUGCCCGGGACUGGCUACGGGUGGGCUCUGUGCUGGAUGUGCUGCUGUUUAGAAUCUACUUGUUGGCAGUGCUGGCCUAUAGCAUUACAUUGGGGACUCUGUGGUCCAUCUGGCAGUAUGCAUGAAUUGAGCCAGACCUUGGGAUGGAAAGUAAUGGGGAAGAGAAGAAGGAUUAUUCCUGAGUCUACCAGACUCCAGGAUAUGUUCAACAUAUAUACAUUACUAUUCCCAGCUUCCUCUGUUAUUCAGGAAGAGAUUUCUUUGUAUGACUUAGACAACAAUGUAACAUAAAUUUGUUCAUCACCUAAUAAGAAAAUGGACCAUGGCAGUUAUUAUCUUGAAGUCAGUUAGGGCAGGCUCUGCCUUUUGGGGAUCCUUGGGUUAUGACCUCCUUCAGCACAAGAUUAUUCUAUUAGAAUGUCAUUAUAACUAAUACCAUUAUUGGCUAACAGUAGAACACCUAAGCUAUCUAUGUUUUACUGAGAAACUACUACACAUUAUUUCCUAUAUACAUGUGAGCCAUGAUUUGACCUGAUAUCAGUAUAAGAAUAAAUUCUUUAACUUCUCUGAGUUUCAAUUUCCACAUCUGUAAAACAAGAAAUUUGGAUUAGAUGGUCCCUUCCAGCUUUAAUAUUUUAUUAUUUCUAUUCUGUGAGGAAGGCAUUGUACUAAGCACUGGGAAUACAAAGAUCAAACAAGACCCGAUACCUGCCUCAAGAUACCACAAUUUGCUAUUAUCUAAGUACUAAUGUGAUACAGUAUAUGGAUUAUCCAGGCUCCUGUUCUCUCUUCUUUCUCAUCUUUACUGAACAUAAAUACCUUCAUCAGAUGGGAGAGGGGAAAUAAAAGGAAAUAAAAGUGCAAA